AUGGCAUCCGACCCGCAGAGGAAGCAGGGCCAGGCAGCACCCCCCGGCGCUCGUCCCUAUGCGUUGCGCCCACUACUCCACGACGUGCCCCUCUCCGCCGACGGCAGCGACGAGGAUAUCAAGAUAAACUGCGUCGAUUAUUAUGACGGCAACCUCUAUGUUGGCACCAGUGCCUCUGAGCUCCUGCACUUUUUCCGCAUCCCUCCCGAUCCAAACGAUCCCAGCAGCCCUUCUACCUUUAUUCUCGCCUCUCGUCUUCCCCCAGUAUACUCCGAGCCCGCGGGUGGCAUCAAUGGCUCACGGCCAGGCGUACAACAGAUCCUCCUUCUACCGCGCGUAGGCAAGGCCUGUGUCCUGUGCAACUGGACCGUCACCUUCUACUCACUCCCCGAGCUGAGUCCCGUGUUUGGCGCCACACAGGUCAGGAAUUGCAAUUGGAUAGGCGGCGUGGACUUAAACGAGGGCGGCGAUGGCGGCAACGAGAAAUCCGCUGGGGUUACCAUCCUCUUGUCGCUGAAUCGCCGGAUACAGGUGGUUAGGAUAGGGGAAGAAGAUGCGCGUGUGCUUCGGAAAAUCGACUUUGCCGGAAGCACGCUCUCGAUACGCAGAGACUCGAUUGCGUGCGUCGCAGAUUCGAGGAAUUAUGCCUUGUUAGAUGUUGACCGCCAACUCAAAAUCCCGCUCAUGACCAUAUCAUCACUCGACAAUUCCCAGCCCGAUGGCGGCUUUGGCCAGACCCAAAACAUCGCGAGCGCUCCGGAUGGGGGGCUGGCUCGGAGCGCGUCGUCAGCGACUACGCGUAGCCCUGCCAACUCUCAAGGCCAUUCUAGGAGCACAAGCCUGGGAAAUUUUAUGGGCAGGCGAAGGAAUGACGGACGGUCCGGAGAUGCAGAGGACCCGGUAUUCCAAUCUUCUGAGGCUCCCUCCCCUUCGCGGAGCCCGGGACCAGCAGACAAGCCCUUGCCCGCGCCCCCACGUGAAUCCGGGGACUUCUUAACAGCUCAAGCAACACCGCCACCUCGGAUAGCAACGCCACCGGUACGGUCAACGCCGUCUCCAAAGCCCGGCUCCGUCUUCCUAAAACCGCACAUUGUAUCGCCUACUACAGAAGAGUUCCUACUUGUCACCGGAACCAGUCCCCUUGAACCAGGCAUUGGCAUAUUCGUGAACCUUGACGGAGACCCAACGCGGCCCACGCUCGAAUUCGAAAGGUACCCCCGUGAGAUCGCCGUUGACGGGGGCUCGGCCGAUCUCUCGUCCUCACUCCCUUCCCCGAGUACUCAGGAGGGCUAUAUUCUUGCGUCAAUGACAAAGGAAUUUGAGGAUGGCUUACAUCACGGUCUGGAGAUUCAGCGCUUUGAUGUGAACGCCGGCGAAGAUGAGCCAGAGAAGUGGUGGUUGGAGUUAGGGGAUGACGGAUCUAAAGAACACACAGCCAGCACCCCUAUUGGUAUCCGGCCAUUACUACAGAAGGAAGAUAUGGUGUUCGAAAACGUCGUCGAGCGUUUAUGUCAGAGGCGUUUUUCGCCCUUCAAGGGGCACCCAGAAACUCCGACCAUGUCUCUCAAGAGCAAUGAUUCUCGGACGGCGCUAUCGCUACAGCGCCUCACCCAGGAACAAGCGCUCUUCGACCGGGAUCCUGAGUCGGACGAUGAGCAGCUACCCCCAGGAUGGGAAACGACGAGGAAUCAGGAAGGGGAAGAAUUUGUACGACGGCUGGCAAAGACGUCGUCGCGCCUAGCUGUCUGGGCUGGUGGCAACAUAUGGUGGGCUGUGCGCAAUCCAUUGCUCACGCAGCUAGACUCUGUGUUAGAGCUAGCAGCUCAUCAAAGCUCUCAAACAACCACAAAUGGCUCGGAUACGAGACAACAGCUUCUUACCCUGCUCAACACCAUAAAGGACCGGGAACCAACAACCGAACUUGAAUUCAUGACACUCGGUUACAUUAAACAGAAGGCAAGCGUCAUGCUUCUAACAACGUUCCUAAGCUCGCCAGCACCGCCAUUCACGGACGCCGAAACGAAGGCAAUGGAGGAGAACCUUGUUGGUGGAGAUCUGGACGCUCGGGUAGUCCUGUCUCUGAUCCCUGCCCUUCGGAACGAACUUGUCAUGAACCGAAGAGGAAUAUGGAUUUAUGGUGGUAUCAAGAGUGUUGUUGAGGGCUACAUUUCAGCUCAGACAGACGGCUUAGACAUACAGGGGAUCAGCUCAUUACCGGCCCACGUCCUUCAAUUCCUGAGACGCUUCCUUUCUGCCUGGAGAAAGAAAAAGGGAUUUGGCAGUAUCCCAGACGAGGUGUUUCGGACCGUGGAUGCGUCCCUACUAUUGGUGCUCUUGGAGCUCGACCAGAGCACGCCGAUAGGUCAGCCCGGAACCCUUGGUUCGGUACGGAAAGACUUGUACGAGCUUGUGGACCAUGGCGUCGACUGCUUCGAUAGAGCGGUGGAUUUACUCGAAACCUACCGUCGCCUCUUUGUCCUCAGCCGUCUCUACCAGCACCGCAAGAUGACAGCAGACGUGCUUGGGACAUGGAGACGUGUUAUCGAGGGAGAAGAAGAUAGGGGCGGCGAGUUAGGUGAUGGCGAGCAGCGUUUAAGGAGCUACCUCUCCAACAUCAGCAACCAAGCGCUGGUCCAAGAAUACGGCCUGUGGCUGGCCAGCCGCAAUCCCAAGCUCGGCGUCCAAGUUUUUACGGAUGAAAAAGGCAAAGCCCCGAAGUUCGAGCACGCCCAGAUAGUCGCCCUCCUCCGGGAAGAGGCCCCAGACGCGGUCAAAUACUACCUCGAACACCUCGUCUUCGGCAAGGGCAACACAGCCUACGUCAACGAGCUCAUCACCUACUACCUCGACAUCGUCAUCACUGACCUGCAAACGUCACCGGCCUCGCGGGAUAACAUCGCCGCCUCCUACGACACCUACCGUGCCCUCCACCCGCCCAAGCCAACCUAUAUCCACUUCCUCACCGACAACGCCCCGCCCAACGAUGAGGUCUGGCAGAGCCGCUUACGCCUCCUCCAACUCCUCGGCGGCGGCCACGAUUACGACGUGAACGCGAUCCGCGCCCGCAUCGACGCUUCACUCGCCGCCCUCCCUCCAUCAUCACCCCCACCCCACCUCAACGGAAACGGAACCGCAACCGGAACCGACAUCCAACCGGCCAAAGAACCGCCCACCACCAACGGCAUCCCCACCACCACCACCACAACAACAACAUCACCACCCCCCCACCAACCCUUCCUCGUCCCCGAAUCCAUCAUCCUCGCCUCCCGCGCCCGCCACCACGCCACCGCCCUCCGCCUCCUCGUGCACCGCCUCGGUGACUACGACACGGCCGUAUCCUACUGCGUGCGCGGCGCAGCCGCCCUCACCCCCGCCACGGGCACGCGACGCCAGCGGCGCGACAGCGGCAGCGACCUGCCGCCGACGUGGGCCGAGCAGACAGCGCUGUUCCGCGCGCUGCUGGGCGAGUUCCUCGCGCUGGACGACCCCCGCGAGCGGCUGGCGCAGACGGGCGCGCUGCUGGAGCGGUUUGGCGGGUGGUUUGAUGUGGUCGAGGUGCUGGAGCUGGUGCCCGAGGAGUGGGCUGUGGAGGUGGUGGGGGGGUUUUUGGUAGCGGCGUUGAGAAGACUGGUCGGCGAGCGCAGGGAGGCGUUGGUGGAGAGGGCGUUGAGUGGGGCGGAGAAUGUGAGGGUGGGGUUUGAGUUUGUGGUGAGGGUUGAGGAGGAGGGGGGCAGGUUUGAGGGGGCGUGA